UUGACCACACGGGGUCGCCAUUGAGCACACCGUGUUUCCUCUCCGACCCGCUGGAGAGCAGUCGGAGAACCCGUCGUCUCGGCUGAGCUGCUCAGAGAUGGCGUCCCUUCUGCAGCCAGAUAGAGUCGUCUAUCUGGUGCGUGGAGAGAAAAGGAUCAGAGCCCCUUUAUCUCAACUUUAUUUCUGCCGCUACUGCAGCGAGCUACGGUCUCUGGAGUGUGUGUCCCACGAGGUGGACUCUCACUAUUGUCCAAGCUGUCUGGAGAACAUGCCAUCUGCAGAGGCCAAGCUUAAAAAGAACAGGUGUGCAAAUUGUUUCGACUGCCCAUGUUGCAUGCACACGCUGUCUACUCGGGCCACCAACAUCCCGGCUCCUCUGCCUGACGAUCCGACCAAGACGGCCAUGAAGAAGGCCUACUACCUGGCCUGUGGCUUCUGUCGCUGGACCUCCAGGGACGUGGGAAUGGCUGACAAAUCAGUUGCCAGCGGUGGUUGGCAGGAGCCAGAGAACCCUCAUACGCAGCGGAUCAACAAGUUGAUUGAGUAUUACCAGCAGCUGGCCCACAGAGAGAAGCAGGACAGAGAUAGGAAGAAGCUGGCCAGGAGACGACAGUGCAUGCCUCUGGCAUUCUCGGAAAAAUAUGGCCUUGGAACCAGACUGCAGAGGCAGAGGUCUGGAGCUCCCAUAUCGAGCCUGUCUGGCCUCUCCCUAAAAGAGGGUGAGGACCAGAAGGAGAUCUCCAUCGAGCCGGCCCAGGCCCUUGAUGAGGUGGAACCCCUGCCUGAAGAUUGUUAUACCAGGCCCAUCAGCCUACCGGAGGUGACCACGCUGCGCCAGCGGCUUCUGCAGCCUGACUUCCAGCCUGCAGGGGCGUCUCAGCUCCACCCGAGACACAAACACCUCCUGAUGAAGCGCUCACUGCGCUGCAGGAAAUGUGAGCACAACUUGAGCAAGCCAGAGUUUAAUCCUACUUCAAUCAAGUUUAAAAUACAGCUGGUGGCUGUGAGUUACAUCCCUGAAGUGAGAAUUAUGUCCAUUCCAAAUCUCCGGAACAUGAAGGAGAGCCAAGUGCUGCUGACUCUGACCAACCCAGUGGAGAACAUCACCCACGUCACAUUGGCUGCUUGUGAGGACGAAGAUCCCGAUGACAUCAACAGCACAGCUAAGGUUAUGGUACCCAGCAAAGAACUGGUCUUGGCAGGAAAGGAUGCUGCUGCUGAGUACGAUGAACUGGCUGAACCCCAGGACUUCCAAGAUGACCCAGAUGUUGUUGCCUUCAGGAAAUCCAACAAGAUUGGUUUCUUCAUCAAAGUGAUCCCCCAGAAAGAAGAGGAUGCGGAUGUCACUGUUUCCUUUAAGAUUCGACACGACUUCCGCAACCUCGCAGCUCCCGUCAGGCCGAGCGAGGAGGGAGCCGAAACCACCGCUGAGGCCAUUUGGCUCACGCACCAUGUGGAGCUGAGGCUGGGACCGCUCGCUCCCUGAACCCGAAUACUCUGUUUGCUAUCAAACAGUCCUAGUGUUGAGUUCUUUGAGCUAAUUUCUGUAAACUGUGCGAUGAAUUUAAUUUAAACAUGAUUUCUGAUUCUGCUUAUUGAUAUGUAAGAACUAUCUGUGAUCUGCUCGGCAUACAGCUGUUCUAGAGUUUUAGCUUAAGUUGCAUCACCAGACAUCGGGGAGCAUACAGUGAUCGCAUAAUAGCCCGCUUUAUAAAACUACGUGAAACCAUGACUGACUGCAUUCUGAUGAAUGCAUCAGGUUUGAAUUUUUUUAAUCUUUUUGUUUAUCAAAACAUGCCUUUAUACUGUAUUUCACUGCAUCGUCAUUCUCCUCAGCUUAACACUAACCCAUCCGACAGUAAAAAUAACUAUUUGUGUGAAACAAAUCCUUAAGUAAAACUUUAUGUAUACACACUGCCAUUCAAACGUUUGGAGUCACCUCUGUGUUGAUGUUUUUUCUCUUUACAUUAAUAUUAAUUUGUAAUUCAGACAUCAAAUGUAUUAUUUACAUUUUCUGGCCACUGAAGAAGAAUUAAAUGAUUAAAACUUAGGUUUAGUCGUUGUUUCUACAGUGUAACAUGCCAGGGGAGAAAAAUACCGUGUUGAGAAUACCCAAUCAGUCCCAAAACUUUUAACAGCAGUGUACAUAAAAGUAGUUAUUAAAAAUGUUAAGUUUUGUUUUAAAACCUCCACUUAUGUGCUUGAUUGUGAUAAAGGUUUUGUCACUGGGCUGCAUAGCUUAUUAAUAUAAAUGGCAAAGCAGGCGAAGUAUUGUUUUUAGCUCAUUCCGUCUGUCAGCUGUGGACUUUUUUUCUACAAUAUUGGUCUUUAAUAUAUGUAGAAAAUAGCAGUUUACGUUCAAAGAUGGGUAAGUUUAUGUAUGUUAACAUAACGUUGAGAGUAUAAAACGGUAUCGAAUAAAUGAGCAAUGAGCAGAAUCAGAAAUCAACCUUAAGAACAAUCCAAACAAUUCCCCACUGUGCAGCACGGUCCUCUGCGCUUUCAGCUUUUGUAUCCUCGUCAGCUUUCUUUUCUGCGGACAGUAAUAUUGUAUUAACUUGCAUGCUUCAACUAUAGCAGAUCUGCCACACGUUAGACAAUGUCAUCACAGUUACUGCUCCUCUGCUGUUUUCUUAUCAGAAAGGUUCUUGGGUCUAAGGUGAUACUUGCCCAUCAUUUUACUAUUGUCUUAAGUCAAACAGUAACCUUCACUGGCACUAUGGGGAGGAAGCUCUGUAGAUUACAUUACAGUACAAAGUGUUAAGUAUUUAAAUGUAUGGAGACACUAUCAUUUUUUUCUGAUUAAGAAAUGUAUCUUCCCGGUUUGUAGAACUCACUAACCUAUCUGCCAGUGUAUAUCGUAAGCUGCUGUCAAGUGUGUUAGUAAAACAGAGCCUCACAACACGGUUAAUCUUCUGUACAGGCUAAUAAAAUAAUGUCAUACUGUAA